AAGGGACAAAUCAACACUUAACGCUUCGGAGAAGCGUUCAGUUAAGGACGAACCGCCGGACAUCUAGAUUGCGAUCAGGAUAGCCGGCGACCACAGCAAACGCUCACGAUGGGACGGAAAAAGAUACAGAUUUCCAGGAUAACGGACGAACGGAACCGGCAGGUGACGUUUAAUAAGCGCAAGUUUGGCGUGAUGAAGAAGGCGUACGAACUGUCCGUGCUGUGCGAUUGCGAAAUUGCGCUGAUCAUCUUCAGCAGCAGCAACAAGCUGUACCAGUACGCCAGCACGGACAUGGACAAAGUGUUGCUGAAAUACACGGAGUACAACGAGCCGCACGAGUCGCUGACGAACAAGAACAUAAUUGAGAAAGAAAACAAAAACGGCACGAUGUCACCGGACUCGCCCGAACCGGAGGACAGCUACACACUGACGCCCCGCACCGAAGCCAAGUACAACAAAAUCGACGAGGACUUUCAGAUCAUGAUGCAGCGCAACCAGCAGCUGACAGCGGGCGGUGCAAGACCGAACAUGGCCACCAACAGCUACUCGCUGCCGGUUUCGGUACCGGUGUCGGUGCCCGUGAUCGGCACGUACAACGAUUCGAUGCUGCAGAGCAGCCCGCAGAUGGCACACAAUAGUAUUAGUCCAAGGCCCUCCAGUUCUGAGACGGAUUCGGUUUAUCCUUCCGGUGGGAUAUUGGAAAUGUCCAGCGGUUAUCCACAUUCAGCAUCGCCCCUCGGUGGAUCUCCCAGUCCCGGUCCGAGUCCAGGUAUUGGCUCUCAUCAGGCGCAUAACAAUAACAAUAACACCCAUAACACGCAUAACAAAAAGUUCCAUUUCGAUAAUGCAGUGCAAACGAUCAAGCAGAGUCCGUCGGGCGGUAGUGGCAGUUCCGGUUCACGGUCGACCAAUCUGCGAGUAGUGAUACCGACCCCCAUGAACCCGACCAUCACGGCAGACGACAUUACGUACGCGGAACACACGCGGCAGCAGACGAAUUUAAACACACCGGUCGUAGCGUUACAGACACCGAUACCCGGACUCACAAACUAUACCACCACGCUCGGCUCGUUUGGCGCGCAGGACUUUUCGCUCAACCCGGACAUCAUGAUCGGACCAUGGAGUGCGGCAUCCAGUCACAGCCAAAACACGUCCGCCGCGGCCGCAGCUGCCGCCAUGGGCAGUCUCCAGCACUCGAGCGGUUUGCCCCAUCUAGCUGUAUCAAACAGUACGCCACCUCCAUCCACCUCACCGCUCUCGGUGAAGAUUAAGGCGGAACCGAUCUCACCGCCCCGGGACCACCACAACACCUCACACCAUCACGGUGUGCCGGGUGGUGGAAGUGCAGGCUCCACCGCAUCCGGCAGUUCAGCAUCCGGUGCAAAUGGCGUCCAGUCGGCGGGUGGAACUGCUGGCACGAGUGUCAACGCAAGCAGUAACAACGGUAGCAGCAACAGCAGCAGCCAACAGAACGGCGCUCAACAACUAACCGCGAUGGGCAAUGUGGUUGUGAGUGGCGGUGGAGGUGGAGGAGGAGGAGCAGGUACGAGCUCUCUAGGGGCCAACCUGAACCACAGCCACCUGAUACAUUCGCGACCUUCCUCAACCGGCCACCUCACCCCAACACCGGACUCUUAUAUGCCUCUCGGCGGGCAUCUGACAGGUUCCGUGACACCAACGAAUGCACCCUCACCGGUGGACAUCCGGCAUCUCAGCACGGGCGGCAGCCAUCUGCCGGAGUACGAAGCACCCUCCGCACAGACUAGUGGCCCUGGGGGGAACCGUGGGUCGGCGGAGGGUUCGGCCUGCUAUCUGGACGAUAACUCAAACCACGUGGUAGUGAUAUCGGAUGCAGACGGCAACAACACCGGCGGCGGCAGCGAGGGUACGGGCAGCAGUGUGGCGAAUUUCACGCACAAGCUGCACCAGCACCUACAUAGUCACGGAGCUCACCAGUAUCAUCAUCACCACUUGCAGCAGCAGCAGCACCAUCAACAACAACAGCAACAACAUUCGUCUCAACUACUGCAUCCCUUCUAUAAUCAACACCAUCAACAACACCACCAUCUUGUGCAACAGCAGCAGCAACAGCAUCACCAUCUGCAGCAGGCUGGCGGUAGUAGCAACAGUAGCCAUGGUUAUUCUAGCCAGCCUACUUCACCAUAUCACAACCACAACAGCAACAGCAGCGAACCGAAACAUCUGCAGGGAAGUCAUUCACCUUCGCCGGGUGUGACUCCGGGCCCGUCCGGUUCCGUGGACACACAUCAGUCGCAAGCAAUGGCGAUGCAACAGCACUACUGAAUCG